AUGGCGCUGAGCCAAGACGAACUGAAGAAACUCGUCGGAUACAAGUCCGUGGACGACCACGUGACGAGCGGUAUGGUCGUCGGCCUCGGUACGGGAUCCACGGCGUACUACGCGGUCGAACGCGUCGGACAAAAGCUGGCGAGCGGGGAGCUCAAGGAUGUGAUUUGCAUCCCGACGAGCGAGCGCACGCGCGAGCAAGCCGAGUCGCUGAACAUUCCGUUGUGCACGCUGAAUGAAAAGAGCGAAUUGGACGUCGCGAUCGAUGGUGCGGAUGAGGUUGAUCCGGCGUUGGCGCUCGUGAAGGGCGGCGGUGGUGCGCUGCUGCGAGAAAAGAUGGUUGAGGUCAUGGCGAAGAAGUUUGUCGUCAUCGUGGACGAGUCCAAGCUUUGCAAGGGUCUCGGACCGGGUUUCCCUUUGCCGGUGGAAAUCACGCCGUUUUGCCACAUGCACACGCUGCGAACGAUCGGUAAGCUUCCGGCGUUGGCUGGGUGCGAACCGAUCUUGCGCAUGGGGUCGUCGUCGAACAAUAAGAACGACGGCGAUAACAUCGCGGUGACGGAUAACGGCAACUACAUCGUGGAUUUGCACUUCAAGACGCCGCUCGCGGACCCGGUGGCUGCGGCGAACCAGUUGAAGAACACCGUCGGCGUUGUCGAUCACGGUUUGUUCGUUGGCAUGGCGUACCAAGUCAUCGUCGCCGGAAGCGACGGUAUCCGCGUGGCGGGUACCGACGGCGAAAAGGCGUGGUGGUAG